CAUGUUUAUUAUAAUAAGAUAUUCUGUCAACAGUGGCUAUUUACCUUAAUUAAAUAAAAUUUUAAUUGAACUUAAAAUAUAAUUUAAAAAAUAAAUAAAUUAUAUACACAUAGAUCUAAAGUCGAUACGAAUCGCAUGAUCUCGUCCACAGUUCCCAUUCAUUAUGGAAAAUCCAGUGCAACACAACCCAGAAUAUUUGCUAUAGUUACAUGAGAAUUGCAAACAUAACCUCUUUGAUGGGAGCUCGAAGUCCACUGCAUCUUCCCUGAGUGCAUUUUUACUGAGAUCGAUGACGCGUGUCAUCUGUCUUAACCCAAGCACAGGUCAUCUGUUUACCUGACCAAUUGAGUCUCUCUGAUCGAGCCCACGACACGACUGGCCAAUAGCGGGGCAGCGCGGUGUCCACCGCUCAGCUCACCACUCACCGCACUGCGCAGCUAUUGGCCAGCCGCGGCGAGGGCUCGCUCAGAGAGACUCAAUUGGUCAGGUAAAUAGCUGCAAGUUGGCAGGAAGAGCUAGAGAGCGGAGAUACAUGAUGAUGUCAACACGGCAGUGAUCCUUUCGGUCUGGAAAUCGCAAGGCCUUUUUAACCCAUCGAUUUCUUGAUUUAAAUAGUAAUGGUCCGGUGGGAUUAUACAAGUAAUGUUCUGCUUGGUCUCAGAAGUGGUCGUUGUGUCGGGUCUGUCCUUUAAGGCGCAUUGCAGCGUUGCUCAAGGACUCUAGUGAUCAUCUGCAGCAUCCGGAGGAGUCCAGAUCCUACUGGCUGUUUGACCAGAGAUCAAGAGACAUGGCGAAUCUGAGCCACAUCUCUCCUUGUCUACACUUCUGAGCUGGGUUUGAGGCAGGAGGACCAUGCUCUGUUCAGAGCGUGGCGUGGUGGAGGAAUGGCUCUCAGAGUUUAAGACGUUACCUGACGAUCAAAUCCGCAGCUAUUCUGGCAGCCUGCGUCUGAAGAAAGCUCUUGUACCUGCUCUCUACGCUGUUAUUCAGGAGCAGCCCAGCAGUGAGCUGCUGGCUCCGGUGUGUCAUCAGUUGUUUGAGUUGUACCGGAGCUCAGAGGAGGGUUUGCGUCGGUUUACUCUGCAGUUCCUGCCUGAGCUCAUCUGGGUGUACUUAUGGCAUUCUGCCAGCAGAGAGCGCUACCGCAAUGGCUGUGUGGAAGCCUUGCUACUGGGGAUCUAUAACCUGGAAAUUGUGGACAGUAAAGGAAAUGGAAAGCUGCUGUCAUUCACCAUACCGUCUCUCUCCAAGCCUUCAAUAUACCAUGAGCCAUCCAGCCUGGGGUCCAUGGCGUUAACCGAGGGAGCCCUGAACCAGCACGACCUCAUCCGUGUGGUAUACAGCGGUCUGCUAUCUCAGAGAGAGACAUUUACCUCACAGAACAGGUUUGAGGUGCUGUCUUUUCUGAUGCUCUGCUACAACUCAGCCGUGGUCUUUAUGCCUGCGUCCUCCCACCAAUCGGUUUGCAGAAUGAGCACACGACUGUGUGUGAGCGGUUACCCGCGGCAGCAGCAGAAGUCGUGGAAGGAGCUGUGUAACCGUGUACGACUGGAGCCAGAGUUUAUGGUGCAGAUGCUGACUGCUGUUUACCACGCCAUUUAUAAUGGGCAGUGGGAUCUGGGGAGGGAAGCUUUGGAUGACAUCCUCUACCGAGCACAGCUAGACCUCCAUGCCCAGCCAUUGCUGGUGGCGAAUGCAAUUAGUCGCUCACUUCCGUCCCGUCCUCCAGAGGGUUCACGGAACCUUUUGGAGGUGGAAGUAACGCCUGCUGGGAGAUGCGUCUCACAGGCAGCUGUCACUACUGCCUCCAUUCGUCGUCUCCGCUGGAAACGAGAGGAUUGUUUUGAUUUCUCAACCACGGCUGAAUUCUACGCCUCCAUCACGCCCAGCCGAUACACCCCCCCGGAGAGACCAGACAAUCCUGUGGCACGCGGGCGGAUAAAGUGCACCAUUCACCUAACUUUGCAAGGGGAUGCCGAUGGUGUGAGCUGUGGAGAGGACUCUUUUGACCCAGAUGAAGGAUUUUCCUCUGGGGCUUCCAGCAGCAGUCAGCCCAGCAGCGUGAAACGUGAUUGGGUCAUAACGGGCGUUCGGCCUUUCCGGGAUCCGGGAGCCAGGCAGAGAGAGAGCACGUCGGCUGACACCAGAGCCGCCCUCCGAAGCCUCCACCAACGGCACCAGUCCCCUCCUCCUGCCAUCAGCCUCCGUACUGCAGAAAGCAGUCGCAGCCCGAGUCCCAGUGCUCCCAGACGCUUUCUGGACCCGCAUUACAUCCCUCCCUUCGCUGGUGCGCCUCCUAAAACCAGCAGCACGUCUUCUAGCAAGUCCCUUGACUGUACCGGCCUAAACGGCUCAUCAGGACCUACAGAUAGCCUAUCGCUGGGAAGCCUCAGUGCAGAUAGGGCACAUUAUCUGUCAGCCAUCAGCUUGCAGGAUGAACGACUUGGGCGAGCAACGCGGAGCCAGGAUCUCCUGUCCCCCGGGAGUCCGUUCUCCUCUGGAAGCCCGCUGUCCAAACAGUCUCGAUCACCCAGUUUUAAUAUGCAGAUUAUAUCACAGGUGUAAAAUGAUUUUGCUGGGCUGUGUGUGUGCAUGAGAAUAUGGAAGUUUAUUUCUGCUGUGGAAUCAAAUAAAUAAAUAAAGGUAAUUACGACUUUUUAUCUCAUAAUUCUGACCUUGUUUCUCAAACUUCUGAUGCAAUAUUUGACCAUUCAGAUUUUUUUCCUCAUAGUUUUGUUUAUACCUCACAAUUCAGAAUUUUUUUUCUAUAUAUUAACUCCGAUAUAAGAGAGAUAAAUUCACAGCUCUGAGAAAAAAAAUUGCGAGAUAAGUAAUUGCAAGAUAUAUUGUGAGAUAUACACUCGUAAUUGCGAGAAAGAGGUCAGAAUUGUCACUUUUAUUUUUAUUUCAUGAUGUAAAAAAAAAAAAAAUUAACUGCAAGAUGUAAACUCAGAAUUCUGAAAAGAAUUACGAGAUAUGAACUCAGAAUUUUGAGGAAAAAUUUUGACAUAAACUUGCAAUUCCGAGAAGAAAAGUCAAAAUUGUGAGAUAAAUGCUUGCAAUUGUGAGUCGCAAUUAACCUUUUUUUUAGUUUUUAUACCGUGGCCAAAAAAAAAAGAAGAAUUGCGAGAAAGUCAGAAUUGUGAAAUAUAAACUUGCAAUUCUAAGAAAGUCUCAAUUAUCUUUUUUAUUUCGUAAUAAAAGAAUUGUGAUAAACUCCCAAUUGCAAGAAAAAACUGCAUUUGAGACAAAAAGUCACAAUUUAUUUAUUUACUUUUGUGGUGGAAACAAGCUUCCGUAUGAGUGAGUGAAAGUGAGAGAGAGAAGCAGAAAUGUUAACAUGCAUGCGUACAAGCAUGUUGUCUUACGGUGUGCGUGUGAAUGUGUUCGAAUGAGAGUGCGCUCGUACACUUUUAUUUGAUCACUACAUUAUGCACUUAGGUUCAGUGUGGAGGAAAUAUUUGUUUUGCACAAUGGACACGUUCAAGUGCACAUGAUCUGAGACUGUUUUAAAUGUGCCAUACAAACAUACAAUAACAACAUGGUGUUACUUUAAGAGGAACAAACAUUACCGUAUCAGAGCAAUGAACUUCAACAACCGACAAUCACGGUCAAUGCAUAGAGAAAGGCCUGAUAGUGCAUGAUCCAAAGAGUUUUAUCCAGCCCAGCUGUACUGUAGGUCAUCCUCAAGGAAUCCUCUUCCACGUCUUUGUUUCGGUUUGUGCUGAUUGAGCCCGCUUAACUUUUGCCUGUGCUCUUCACCCACCAUAGAAAAUAAAUUGUGUGGACUGCCUCAAUAAAACGCUAUGUCGUGAAAUAAAUAAAUAAAUAAAAAACAGUAUAUGUUGUACUUUGGAACAAGUUUAUAUUUUAAAUUGUGUAUAUUUGUGUAAAUGAUUAUUGUACUAUAGAAAGAGUAUAUGCUAACAGAAUCUAUAUUGCUUGUACAGAGAUAGAAAGCUAUCUGCUGAAUGGUGAAUAAAUGUGCUGUUCAAGAGAA